AUGUCGCAAUGGUUUGACACCUGGGACAUUGCCAAUUUACACCAAAAGGAAGAACUCCAAAUCGAGGGCCUGAAGGAAAGCGUCGCAAGUAUCCGAUUGCUUGUGAACAGGGAGGUGGCCAGCUUGGGUGGACAGCGAGAGAAAGUCGUCCUUGCAGGGCUGAGUCAGGGCGGCGCGACGGCUGUGCAUACAGUUCUCAACGUAGCCAAAGGCCUUGGGGGUCUCAUGGUCUUCAGUGGGAGGAUGCCCUUUUCCGGCAGAACAUUAGCCAAAAUGAGAUCGAUAUUGGAUCUGGCCGAGGUCCCUGAGGACGACAACGCAGUGCGGACGACACCCGUGCUGGUGCAACACUGCACCAACGACCCUCUUUCUAGGGUCCAGAAUGGACGGGAGGUCCGGAACAGCCUCUCAAGCUUCGAUGCUCAGGUGGAAUGGCGGGAGUACCCGACUGACGCUGCCGCCUGGCUACGUGCCCGGGUGUUCAAUGAGAAUUGA